GGGGAAGCCAGGAGAGCGGAACCUUUGUGCACUGCGCCGCCGGGCGGAGGGAAGCUAUUCAUUGCCGGGACAGGCUGACGUCACAACUUUGGUCCUGAAUACGAUAUUAACUAACCAAAAGGGCUUACAACCUGAGUUAAUACCUAAUUGUGGAAGUCAUGCAUUCCAGGCACCGAGGAGGGAACAUGGGACUGCUUCUGUUACUUAGCCAGAUAAUCCAUGUGGGAUUUGAUAAUAUUCCAACUGUUACGCUGAUAACAAUGGCACUGAACAUCUACCUUUUCUUAUCACCACUUAAGCCGUUAUUGAAUGUUUGCAUCAGUGUGCAUGAAACUUGGAACAGAAAAGAUUGGAAACGUCUUUUUUAUUCACCGUUUCACCAUGCUGAUGACUGGCACUUAUACUUCAACAUGGUGUCUAUGUUAUACAAAGGGAUAAAGUUGGAGCCGAGGCUUGGCACCAAGUGGUUUGCCUACAUGUUGUCUGUGUUUUCUGUCAUGACUGGAGUCGUCUACUUGGUGCUGGAAAUACUCCUUGAAGAACUAAUGGAAGACCAUUCAUAUAAAAUGCAAUGUGCGGUUGGUUUCUCAGGUGUUUUGUUUGCUCUGAAAGUUGUGAACAACCAUUACAAUCCUGGAGGUACCAGUUAUAUAUUGGGCAUCCCGGUGCAGAAACAGUAUGCAUGCUGGGGCGAGCUGAUUGCGAUUCAUUUGAUUGCUCCAGGAACAUCUUUUGUUGGCCACCUCUCUGGUAUACUAGUUGGGUUACUGUACACCAAAGGACCCUUGAAGAAUUUGAUGGAAGCGUGUGCUGACGGUGUUUUCUCAAAUACUUCUAGACGGCAUGUCAGAUUCAAUAACCAAGGGUACUCUGGUUACAAUAGUUUCAAUUAUGAUGCCUCAAACUACAGGACGAACUAUGCGGGAGGAAUGACUGAGGAGGAGCAAUUAGAAGCAGCAAUUCGGGCAAGUCUAAAUGACUGCGGGGCCUACAGUAAUGGCAGAAGACCAUACACCUUUAGGAGUGAAGGACAACUGAGCGAAGAGGAAAUGAGGCAGAAAAGAAUUUAUCGAUUUACAAGAUGAUUAUUGGCUGAAUUCUUUCCAUCUGCCACUGUUAGUCCAUUAAUAGUUGCAUCUUGUCAGUAUUUGCACAGUUCUUGCGCAUUUUCAUGUAAAAUCCAUUUUGCAAUCAGGAUUGCAGGUUUCUGCCAUGUUUAUUCCAUGUUCUUUCUUUAGAUAUCAUAUAACCCACCUUAUAACUUUUUCAAGAAUUUUGAGUUUGGUUUGACACUGGUGGAAUGUUGGCCAAGAAGUGCAAAGUUGAAAUCAAAGUCUUAACUAGUGCAUAUACAGUGAAGGUGAGAGAAAGGGCAGAAUACUUUGUAUCAUGACUGGGUUUAGCAUUUAAAAUGCUAGCUGGUGGAGGUGAGCAUCCUAGCUGCACAGAAACAGUUGAGCUAAAUUGGACCAAAUGGUCUUCCUCAUCCAGCACUAUCUUGCUACUUGCAUCAAUGGUAUUUGAAGGAAUCACAGGAUUGCUUCCAGCAUGCCAACCUCGCUGGGAGGCCGCAGUCCAAGGCAGUGAGAGGUAUUUAUCAGAUCUGUGCACUGAUUCUCUGAUGCAUAACUUUCUGCUGACAACACAUGAUGUCCACACAAUUUCCAAUGUGUCUUCCCAACCUGGAGAGUAAUGAAAGGCUUGUUUUUUUAAAAUAACACUUCUACACUUUGUCAGAAAUAUCUCAAGACUUUCACAUGAAGAGUACUACUUAAGCGCAGUGGUUAUUUUAUCAUCCACUGCUCAACUACUUCAUUAAAUUGGCAAGAAAAGGAACUUUAAAAGCCAAUGAAGCCUUCAAAAUGGUAAAAUAAAUAAGUAAUUCUUGUACUAAAUGAUUUUAUUUGUCUUUAUUUAGAAUUCAGCUUUGCUGCACCAUUGUCUGGACUCCAGUGACAGGCUUCAAUUUCUACAAUGGCCCUGUCUAUGCUCUAAUGGUUAAUAUAGAAUGGGGCACAGAAGAUAGAUCCACACUGCCUACCAAAGUAAAUUUAAGAAAUGCCAAAUUUAGACAGCAAAAAGUUGAGCCAAGAGUAAAUUGAAAUGUUUUAUUUGUGAACGUUUUGUGUAUAAAAGUUAGUGUUCUUUAAAGUUAACCAUGUAACUUGGUAAUUGUUGCAUUUAGCAUAAAUUACGACAAAAAUGUUUUUCUUUGCCCUUGCUGGAUGAAUGAAUAGGUAGCCUGCAGAGUAUAAAAUCAAGAUCACAAUGGAAGGUGGUGUGGUGGUAGUGAGCAAUGUUACAGUGUAGCUUAAAAAAUAAUGACCAAUAAUUUGCCUGUUAAAUCAGUUUAAUGUAUGGGUAGUUAAGGUUUAGGUGAAUGACCGUUGUUGGUAACUGGACUCAUGAAAAGUGAAUUUGUUUACUCACACUUUCUACAAGUGCAUUUCAUCCUAUUAGACCGCAGUUUUGAGACUUUAUGACAAUACACACAAGCCCAAAAUCAAAAUAUAAUCAUGCAUUUCAUGUUCAUCAUUCUAGAACUAGUUGAGUAAAUAGAAUGGUGUGUGAUUUGCUCUAUUAUUUAAAAUAACUUUUUUUCCCAAAAUAGUUAUCGCUUUAUGCUGAUGAUUGUUUAGCUCCAUAGAUUAAGUACAAACAGUGCAAAAGGCUUGGUUUUGUAGGUUUGAUUUCCUUUAUUGCUACUCCCCAUUCAUAUCAGAAUUGUCUUUGAAAAUAUGAUUCAUAAGUUUUUAGAUCUGGUUACAUCACUAGAAACCAAUUGAUUUUAAUUUUUCAAAGCAACCUUUCAUGUGGAUAGGAAAAGUUCUCUAAUUAUCUUUUCAAUGUUACAUGAUGUGAGCCUUAUGAGUCCUAGCUUUUUGAUUAUUAAACUUGCAUUCAAUAAA